AUGCGCUUCGUUGGCAACCUCUCUCUCAUCAACGCCGGGCGCGCUCUUUUUGGGCUACCACAAGCGAUUCUCUCUCCACCACACGAGACAUCCUCUGCCCCAACCGUCGCAAUAAAGAACGGCACAUAUGGCGGAGUAUACAAUAGUCAGUACGAUCAAGACUUUUUUCUUGGUGUCCCAUUUGCCCAGCCGCCUGAGCGGUUUUCAAUCGCCCAAGGACCUAAUACUUCAUGGGACGGUGUUCGACAGGCUACUGAAUAUUCAUUACAUUGCUACGGCUACGGUUGGGACCAGGAUGGAUUCGAACAGUCCGAAGACUGUCUCUAUCUGAAUAUAAUCCGACCAGCAGGUCUCAAGGACACCUCUAGGCUCCCUAUCGCUGCUUGGAUUCAUGGAGGUGGCCUGUUUAUGGGCGGUGCUUCAAAUCCCAGAUACAAUCUAUCAUUCAUCGUCAACCAGAGUGUUGCACUCGGCACACCUGUCAUCGGCGUCAGUCUCAACUACCGUCUUUCUGCCUUUGGGUUUCCUACAGGCAAGGAGGCCUUGAGUGAGGGUGUCACCAAUCUCGGCUUCCGCGAUCAGCGACUUGCGCUCCGCUGGAUAAAUGAAAACAUUGCGGCUUUUGGUGGUGACCCCGAUAAAGUUACGAUUUUCGGUGAGAGCUCAGGCGCUGAAAGUGUUGCGGCUCAGAUCCUUGCUUACAAUGGACGCGACGAUGGUCUUUUCCGAGGAGCUAUCGCCGAAUCUGGCUUUGGUGCUCCUCUUGACCGAUUCCCGGGUGGUUUCAACGGGACUCGACGUAUGCAGGAUACUUACGACUCCCUCGUUAGCAGUGUUCCAUCAUGUGCAAACCUGGUAGGGUUGCAGGAAUCUCUGGCUUGCUUACGAAAAGCACCUCUGAUAGAGAUACAUCAAGCUUUGAUUGUUAAUAAUGGUCGGACUUGGGCUCCUGUCUUGGAUGGAGACUUCUUUGCGGAUUAUACUACUAAUCAGUUCGAAAACGGGUGUUUCAACAAGGUGCCAAUCCUAAUAGGUGCGAACACAGAUGAAGGAGCGUCUUUCGGCUGGGGCAGGCGACCAAACGGUGGUAACGUCGACACUGACGAUGAGAUGAGAGAAGCUAUCGCAACUAUAAUCCCACCUGAAGCAGAGGAGAAUACAGGGAAGGCGGUUUCCGAACUUGUUGACGAACUAAUGGAAUUGUAUCCCAACGACCAGAGCAUUGGCAUACCGUCCUUGGAUUCCUGGCCGCAUAUCAUCAAGCCAGGCGAUUCCUAUGCGAACCAAUUCGGAGCUCAGUAUCGACGGUCUGCUGCCUUUUUCGGAGAUCAUCUCAUGCAGUACCAGAGACGCCGUGCUAAUAAAGCUUGGGACAAACAUGGCGUGCCUAGCUACGUGUAUCGUUUCAAUAUCAGGCCAAACGGACAGCCGGCAUAUUCUGGCGUAGGACAUUUCCAAGAGGUCGCUUUUGUCUUCUACAAUAUUCAUGGCAACGGAUACCCUACCAACCCCUUCGAGGGCGAAGGGACGUAUCCUGCGGAUGCCAAAGUCAUGGCCAAGACCAUUAGUACAGCAUGGAUCAACUUCUUCGCUGAUCUCAACCCCAAUGGAAAUUUAGGAUCCAAACUCUUCAGUGGCAAAGAGUGGCCUGUGUAUGGAUUGUCGGAUGGCCCUGAUGGGAAAGGUGUUGUAUUCAACAUCAAUGGAACCCAUGUUGAAGUCGAUAAUUGGCGAUCCGGUGGUAUGGAAUGGAUGGCUGAGCAUGCAUUAACAGUGUUUGGAAACUAA